AUGAACAAUAUCAUACCAUGCUUAUACGUGUGGUUCUAUUUGGGAUUUCUCGUUUUGGCGGUUUCGACGACAUCGUCAUCCAGUGAAGCACCGGUUGACGGACACAUGGCAGAAAUUGCCGCAGCCAAAUGGGAGUUCCAAGAAUUCGUAGUCCACAUCACUGUGAUCCUUUUUUUGUUGGCCAUGAUUCUACUGAAAAUGAUCUUUCAUCGUAUCCCUUACUUGCCAGAGUACAUUCCAGAAUCACUGCUAUUAAUCAUUGUUGGAAUUAUAUUUGGCGCGAUUGUCCGAUAUGUAAUAAGUGCGAAUACAGUUGGAGAAACCGUUUGGCAACUGACCCCUCGUUUGUUUUUCUACUACCUCCUUCCUCCGAUUAUCCUCGAGGCAUCCUAUUCAUUGUACAAUCGAACUUUCAGCGAGUACCUUGGUGUGGUACUGAUAUUUGCCGUGGUGGGAACCAUUGUGAACUUUUUAAUAAUUGGUUUUUGUAUGAACGGGCUACUUUUGGUCGGAGCAAUGGGUGACAUCAAGGACAAAUUUGACUUAAAAGGAAUGCUUUUGUUCAGUUCAUUGAUUGUUGCUGUGGACCCGGUCGCUGUUUUAGCUAUUUUUCAAGAUAUUGGAGUUGAACUCAGUCUUUAUUACAUUGUGUUUGGUGAAUCACUACUCAACGACGCAGUCACUGUGGUCUUAUAUGAUAUAAUGUCGGCCUUUGCUGGGACGGAUAAUGUGACAGGGCGACAAAUUGCUGUUGGAAUCGCAUCGUUCUUCACGGUCAGCUUUGGUGGACUGCUUAUAGGUGUCGUUGUGGGAAUCCUGUCCUGUCUCAUCACGCGAAUAAAAAGCCAUCUGAACGCAUUUACGCUCAUUCUGCUGGCCUACUUCUCCUACAUCAUGGCAGACUGUGUCGGCUGGUCCGGGAUCAUCUCCAUGAUCGGAUGUGGCCUAGUUCAAGCGGCCUACGCGUUUCACAACUUGGAUCACAAAUCCGUCACCUUAGUACAUAAACUCACAAAGCUGGUUGCCGAAGUCAGUGAGUCUGUCAUAUUUCUCUUCCUCGGGGUCGAGGUCCUGAGAGGGAAUAUCGAAUGGCAAUCAGGUUUCAUCUUGUGGAGUCUUGUACUCUGUCUUUUUUCCCGUGCCAUCGUUGUCUUGGCAAUCACAGCUGCAGUUAAUGCCGUACAAGUGGACAACACGAAAAUUUCUUUUACUGAACAAGUGGUCCUGAUUUACGGGGGUUUACGCGGUGCCGUUUCGUUUUCCUUGUCUAUCCUCAUCGUCCCUGAAAGUCUCGGACCGAGCGGACAUUACAGCCGACAUGUGAUGAUCACGGCCACCAUGUUCAUCAUUCUAUUCACUGUCGGUUUCAUGGGAGUCACAAUGAAACCUUUAGUCAAACUGCUCAAAAUUCGUAUACAGACAAAACGUAAACUAAGUCUUUUCAAUGUACUCAAUGAGAAUGUGUUGGAUGAAGCUCUGUCGUCUGUGGAAAUCAUUGCUGCAGAGAAAGGUCGAAAUGUUGUACGGGACUUUUUCAUACGUUUGGACGAAAAGUAUGUUCGACGAAUACUUCAACGCAAUCCGGAAAUGUAUGAUCACAAACUGAUGCGUGUCUAUGAGAAAAUCGCGCUAAAGUUACACUACGCUUCUCUGCAACCAAGCCAGACCGAAGUAAUACUGGAGGACAUUCCCGAGGCACUGAAGGCCAAGUACAUGAAGAGGAUGAUCACAUCUGAUUCGUCAGCAUCCAUUGAGGAAGGAGCAGGCACCCGACCCAUGUUUGUCCAAAAACGAGGUAGAUGGGCCGAAACAGGCAGAGAAAAACAAACUUUUGCUGAAGUCGCUGCCCAACUCGUGGAUCAUAUCCGAUCAACACGCCGAGCCAGCAUUGGUGCAUACGGGAAGCCCCGAGCUACUGUGGACGAAGCACUAAGUCAUAUCAUCAAAUCUCACAAAAAGGGAAUUCUUCGUAAGCAAAGCACGACAAGCCCUAAAACGGCCACAGAAACAACCCACGCUCAAGAUGACCACGGGGACGAACCUAAUGUGGAAAUGUUGAAGUGGAAGAGAGCUCUGCGUGCGGCGAAGCACUCAAAAGCGCAACCAAGAAUUGUGUCAAGGUGGAGUGACAUUACCGAUGACCGUGAUGAGGAGUCAGAAGAGGAAAUAUAUUGA